AUGUUGUUUGAAUUGGUAGUCGACAAUUUAAAAUUAUUAAAAGGCAAUAAGCAAUUGUCUCUUUGUUUCUUAGAACAAUUGCAAAAUGAGGAGGAAUCAACAAAUUUUCCAGAACGAUCAAAUCAGUUAUAUGAAUAUAGGACAACGAAUGGAAAUGCGAUUAUAAGGCUUUGUUCGGAUCAGUGUUUCAAUGCAUAUAAAUUAGAUAUUUUACGACAAGAAACAACCUUAAGUUUUUUUAAAAACAAUCCGUUUCAAUACGUAAAGGAAACAACCCAAGCACAAACUAAGAAACUUCCGAUUCAUUUUGAAAAGAAACGAAAAAAGAUAAAAGAAGCUCGGCCACAUCCAUCAUAUCGCCUUAAUAAACGCUAUUGGGAUGAUGUCCGAGCUGGUCGGCUCCCACAUUGUUAUUCAAACUUACGGUCUAAAUCGAAUGCAAAUAUGUCUAUAGUAGAUCCUUCUACUUUACUUAAUCAGUUUAAUUAUCCUUCACAUUACCCAAUUAAAGCAUCUAUGAUUCGACAGGAAAGUAUUCCUUCUUAUCCAUUCUCAUUCUCUUCGCAGUUUUCAUUUUGCGAUGCAAAAAAGAGAAAUCCAAGUUGGAUGGCCAAGGAUGCUAAUAAGAUCAUAGAAGAGGCUGCUUCAAACAAUGCCGUUAAAAAUAAUUUCAAUCUUGCUAUAAAUACUGAUAUACGGAAAAAUAUGGGGGGCAUUUCAGAAUCAAUAAAUUGCAGAAUCGAAGACAAAUAUGUGGAUGAAUUAGCUGAUGCAAUGAUGCUCGAAUUAAAUCGUACUAAAUACCCACAUAAUCUUGAACAUAAACAGAAAUCACUGGGCUUAGUUCCCUUUCCCUUUCCUUUUCCCAUAAUUCUUCCCAUUUUGCUACCAAUUACCGAUCAAUUUUUAAUGGAAAGAUUUAAUAUAAAUUCACUGUAA